ACCACGACUUUUGGCACGUCGUCUUCAUGACAGCGCCGCGUACCUGUUGCUGGCCUUCCAUCGUCUUCCAACCUUCGAUAUCCCCCACAAGCAUCGACACCACAUCCACCCUUUCCCUCCCUGCAUCAUCAGACCACCAUCUGCCUGGUCGGUCCUCGCUAGUCAUCCCCCAACCUCCCUCCUUUCCCCCGCUCAACAUGUCUGAACUCACCGAAAACGACCUCGUCAUCCUCAAAACCUACAACUCCGCCCCCUACGCCAAAGGCAUCCAGUCCCUCAGCGAUGCCAUCAAAACAAAAGACGCCGCCAUCAGGGAGAAGAUUGGGCUCAAGCAUGAAGCCGACACGGGCCUUGCGCCUCCCCAUCUCUGGGACAUUGCCGCCGACCGACAACGCAUGAGCGAAGAGCAGCCGCUGCAGGUGGCACGGUGCACAAAGAUCAUCCCCGACGAAAAGGACAGCGAGAAGAGCAAAUAUGUCAUCAACGUCAAGCAGAUUGCCAAGUUUGUCGUCAACUUGGGCGAGCGGGUCAGUCCGACGGAUAUCGAAGAGGGAAUGAGAGUGGGUGUGGACCGCAACAAGUAUCAAAUCAUGCUUCCCCUGCCGCCCAAGAUCGAUCCGAGCGUGACGAUGAUGACGGUGGAGGACAAGCCGGAUGUCACAUAUGGUGACGUUGGAGGAUGCAAAGAUCAGAUUGAGAAGAUCAGAGAGGUGGUGGAGAUGCCGUUGUUGAGUCCCGAGAGGUUCGUCAGCUUGGGCAUCGAUCCGCCGAAAGGUGCACUCCUUUACGGCCCUCCGGGCACGGGCAAGACGCUGUGCGCGAGAGCUGUCGCCAACCGAACAGACGCCACAUUCAUCCGCGUCAUCGGGUCGGAGCUGGUGCAGAAAUACGUCGGCGAAGGUGCACGAAUGGUGCGCGAGCUGUUCGAGAUGGCCCGCACGAAGAAGGCAUGCAUCAUCUUCUUUGACGAGAUUGACGCGGUGGGUGGAGCGCGGUUCGAUGAUGGCGCGGGCGGAGACAACGAGGUGCAACGGACAAUGCUGGAACUCAUCACGCAACUGGACGGCUUCGACUCGCGUGGAAACAUCAAAGUCAUGUUCGCCACGAAUCGCCCUUCCACUCUGGACCCCGCACUCAUGCGACCCGGUCGAAUCGAUCGCAAGAUUGAGUUUGCCCUGCCGGACAUGGAGGGCAGGGCGAACAUCCUCCGCAUCCACGCCAAGAGCAUGAGUGUGGAGAGGGACAUCAGGUGGGAGUUGAUCUCAAGACUGUGCCCCAACUCUACCGGCGCGGAGCUGCGAUCCGUCGCCACGGAAGCGGGCAUGUUCGCCAUUCGAGCGCGGAGGAAGGUGGCGAGUGAGAAGGACUUUUUGAGUGCGGUGGAGAAGGUGAUUCGGGGAGGUCUGAAGUUCAACUCCACCGCGGCAUAUGCUCAAUACAACUAAUCGGGCAGUGGCUGUACGAUGAAGCGAGGUUUGCAUUCAGCGAUGGCGUUUUCCCUGCUCGACUUGCAGAAUAGAGAGCAGUAUCUACCCAAAUCAGCUUCCACACUUGCCCUCAUCACUCCGCCUGCAUCACACACGCAUCGAGCGUUGCAUUCCAGAUAGGAGGUCGCCGCGUUCGUCGCGCGUGACCUGGUGAUCUUGGCAUCGGGAACUCUGCUUCCUCUCCUCCAACUCUACCUCUGUCCAUCCUCAAUUCACUCCACCUUCU